AUGAUAAGUUCAGAGCAGCCAAAAAAAGAAAAUUGGUGCAAUCACAGUGACCUUAAGCCAAUUAAUGUAUUGGAAUACCCAGAUCAGGCAUCAAAAAUUAUCUGGGACGUCAAUUCAAAUAAUAUUAUACAAAUAUCUUCACAAAUUAUCGAAUUAAUAACAACCCAUAAAAUAACUAUCCAAAUGGCGCUUCAUUUGAUUGAUAUUUUUUCACAAAUUCGUGUUAAAGAAAUUAAAUUAUUUUCAGAACUUUACCAAAAGAUAUCAAACGCAUUUUCAUGCAUUAAAGAACCAGAAAAUAAGAAAUUGGCGAUGCUUCUACAUUAUAAAGGUUUCAAAUUUGAAAAUUUCAAACCUAACAUGAAUGAAGAAGAAAUUCUGAAUUUAUAUUUAACAAAUUCUCAUUUAUACUAUAUAGCAUGGGAUAAAUUUGAUGAACUUAAAUCUCAAUUCCCAAAUCUUGAUAUUAAUAAAAGAAUUAAAGAUAUCACACCACUGGAUUGUGCAAUUAAAAAUGGAUCAGAAUUGUGCUUCAAUUACUUGAAAAAUUUAGGAGCUAAAUACACAGAUAACUCCGAAAAAUAUGCUGUUCAAGGCGGAAAUAAUAGCAUUUUUAUGCAAAUGAUAGAAGAUGGUAAAUCAUUUGAUAACAUGAUUAAUACAGCAUUGGAUUAUCGAAACUAUGAAAUUGCUGAGUACCUUAAAUCAAAUUUUGGCCAAACUCCAAAUUCAAUAGCAGAAAGUAUGCAUUUCGGAAAUUAUGAUGUUGCAUCUUAUUUAUUUUCUAAUGGAGAAGACAUUAACAAAAUUUACAUUUUCUUUCUUUUUAUAUUUAUCAAUAUUUUAUAG